AUGUCCAAUGCCAGGCCCCCAGUCACCCCUGACCCCACACACGCUCCUGAAGAGUUCCCUAAUUCAGGAAAAGGCAACUUCAUUCUCCAGGUUGCUCAGGCCAAGCCCAUUGACUUCUUGCUUUCUCUUCUAUCCUGUCUGCCCACAAAUUAUUUUGGCUCUACCUUCAAAAUAUUUCUAGAAUCAAACACUUCUCCCUCCUCCACUGCUACCACGUGGAGGAUUGUUGCCUCCUCGCUGUUCCCCCUGCCUCUGCCCUUACCCCUCUUUAGUUCAUUCUCAGCAGAGCAGCCAGUGAUUCUGUGA